UAUGCCCGGUUGCCCGGCCCCUCCCGGAAGUGCGCGACGGACCCGCAUGGCAAGCCGGGCAGCUCCAGCCAUGUAGCCACCGUUACCGGCGCGAGGGGCGGUGCGUUGGCGCUGCCAUGGAGCCGCUAGACAACAGGGAUCCUCUUUUUCCUCCACCUAAUGAGACUGCAGACCUUCCACUGCCAAAUUUAACACCAAGGCAUCAAGAACUUAUUCCUACUCCCUGUGGCCCUAUAAAACCUUGGUCAGAAUUAUCCUCUCCUGUCAAGAUCUACUUCUGUGUAACUAUCCUCUCUCUAUUGAGUGUAAUAGGACUAACCACAGAGACCCUCUUUCAACAGACUCAUGAAGAUUUCACCAUUUCUCUUAUACAGUUAAUUGGAGUUGUGUUCUGCGUAUACUAUGUAACCAGAGGGAUCCUGCAGGAGAAUCGCCAAGAGCUCAUUGUCUUCGUUCUCUCCAUCUUGCUGGUGAUGUUUCGAUCCAUUGUCAACUUCACAGUUGUCUCUGCUGAACAAAAGCCAAACGUCCUGGCCCGCUUCAUUCUGAUCCUCUUGGUUGGAUCCUUUGACGUGAUCUGCGCCAUCAUCCUCAUUCAGAGUCAAAGUAUGAUGGCCUUCCGAGUGGGCGGGGCUCUGGAAAGCCUCCAGUCACAGUAUUUUAUGCUGAACCUCUGUUUUUCCAUGUUGACCUUUGAUCUUCAGGCGCAGCUCUGCCUUUGUGCUCUGCUGCUAACGAGUCUGCAUAAAAUCUCCCUCUUGCAUAGUAGCAUCCUAGCAAUUGGCGUCUUCUGGGCUUGCCUGAAAGUGACCGUGGGCAUCAUCGCGAUUUUAAAAGAGCUAAAACCUCUGGUCUGGAUUUUUGUGAGUCAGAACAUACCAGAAGUGGCUAAUCUCAUCUACCUGCUCUACAUGGUGAUAAGACACUGGGGCCAGGAACUUUCCUACGCCCUGGAAGCUGCUGUCAUCAUUGGCUCUUGCAUCUCCGUCACAAUAAAAUCUGUUCUGUUCUGGGCACUGCUCCAUAUCUAUCACAGCUUUGGACAGGGGCUGAGAGAGAGAAUGUUUUCUUCCUAUGGAAGGAUUGACUCCUGAGGGGCAGCAACCCUGUUCGGUCCCAUUUGGUGCUCUUAUAGAGUGAAACCACAGCGGGAAGGAUCACAUCCCUCACCCUGCCUAAAAAGCAUGAGACGACAGGGUCCAUUUCACUGGGGGUUUAUUCAGAAAACUCAUCCCAACCAGUGGAAUUCAAACACCUUGCUUCUUUGGUCCUCUCAUUUCACGGUUUGGUCUCUACACAUUCCGUAGUUUGCAUUGUGCUUUCUCAGGUCCAUGUGUCCAAGCAGUUGUGGCUGUGCAGCUGAUUCCAGAGCCCUCUCUGCUUUCCAGACUAAUGCCACCCCUUCCAUUCCACCAUUGCUCCUGCCGACAGGAUAGCACAUCUUGCAUUUUAUUUCACAUUGCUGCAACGACUACCACUUUGUGACCAAAGGCCAAUAAGAUGUGCACAUGAGUGGAGGUUUUAUUAAUUUACCACCAUAGUGGAGAUUAAUUGCAGAGUUUAAAAGCAGAGCAGCAGACUGCUGUCUUCUGGCUCUCACAUACACAACCGAGACACAGGUUUUCUGACUGAGCAAUGAGGCAUAAGAGUGGAUUGGCCUGCCAUAGUUUCCCAGUGUGGUGUGUGGCACUGUCCCCAGUAUCACUACUGUGCAUAUCCUCUGUUGCACUACUGCAGAUGUUUCUUUUAAAAAAAAAAAAUUACUAAGACGUUUCUAUGAUUAUUACACAUCUCCUGGCUUCUGAUAUGGCUGUACAAUUGCUUGUACCAUAACAGCAUGGGUAGGCCUCUUGCUCCUCAACUGUCGUCUUCUUACAUUGGAAUAUUUUUUUUAAAUCCAACUAAAAAUUCGUUUGCAAAACUAAAACUGACUGUGUGAGUGUCUAAUGUGCCAUUUCAUAACUGAGAUUGAUGGUUACAUUAAGCCUUUAAUACUAUAAAAAAGUUUGAUAUUUUAUUUAUUGGAAGCUUUUGUUACCGGCUUUGUAUUUUUCAAUAAAGCGUAAACACAG